CGAAAAUGCUGAAUUGACCACGUUCUCGCGGGCAGACUGCGCAGUAUCUCGCCUUUCGCGCCCUAGUUCGUCUUUCAAUCAAAUAUUAGCGAUACGUAUAUUUUUUUUCGUCGAUCAAACCGAGCAAGUUUUCUUUUCUUCCUAUUUGCAGCGCGAAUAGUCCGUUCGUUGACGCCACCCCCGGUCGUCAUUGUUUUGGUGUUUGUCUGUGGCAAGAACGGCAAUGGACUCGACCCACGGUAAGGAGGCUGCAUCCCAUUCAGUAUCACCUCGGGCGCCCCUCGUUCCAUGUACCGCAAACGCGACUCGGCUGGGCUCCGGCACUUCAAAGAACCCAAAUACUCAUAAUCACAUAGAUGCUCUAGCCCUCGCCAAGCCUAGGAAGCGUCCUCGUUCACGCGGCUCAACCGCCUCGAUUCACAGCGCUACGACCCAGGCCAACGUGGAGCAAAGCUUCGCCGAAUCCGCAGACGUGUAUUCUUCACAAUGGCUUCCGAACGGUUCCAGCCAUCCGCGAGAGCUCCCCAAUGGAUCGGCCCAGAUGACGCCGGAAGACCUCCUCCUCGCGUCACAGCUGCAGGCAAGCCGCGACUUCGUACAAGACGCCCCUAUGAAUGCGCCAAUGCAGAACGUUUUUUUCCAUCACCAUAGCCACAGCAUGAGCCGCCAAUCCUUGUCCGCUGAGUCCUUCGCCGGAAACACGAGCUUUGCGGAUGACAGCCAAAUGCUGGAGCGAGAUGUCAACGACGACGGCGAUUCCUUCCAAGGGCACCCGGCGCCAGCUAAGUCUAGCUCGCGAUCUAAUGCCAAUAAUGAGCUUGAGAUGCGGCAGCUGUUCAACAGCAACAAGCAUCGCACCCUAGAGGAUGUCGCCAAGGAGCUGCUCGGCAAUGAUCGUGGGCCCAAUUCGGAGCGCGCACGCCAGGUCUUUGCGAUGCUCUGGAUUAAUAUGGUAUGCUCCACAGGUAAAGGCUCGGUACCAAGAGGGCGUGUCUACGCCCACUAUGCUUCCCGAUGUGCCACUGAGAGGAUUACCGUGUUAAACCCUGCGAGCUUCGGAAAACUGGUUCGGGUGCUCUUUCCCGGUCUAAAGACACGGCGCCUGGGCGUUCGAGGAGAGUCGAAAUAUCACUACGUGAAUUUCCAGCUGAAGGAGGAGCAGCCCGACAUUCGGGAUAGCCCCAUUCCACAUCCGGUACCUUGGCCAGAGAAUCCAUCUUUGUCACAAAACUUCAACACCCUGCCCGCCGCCAACGCUUCCUCCACGCAAUCCGACAGAGCCGCCCUUCCCGCGCCUGCUGGUAUUCAACAAGACGGGCCAAAGGCCACGCGGUCGCGGGAUUUUCAACACAGUCUUUACAAUCAACCGCAGGUGGCCAGUUUCGACCAGUUGCAAUCGACGCUGGGCAAGACGCCACAGCUAUUGCGCUUUUCGACCGAGACUUCCGAGACAUUCAAGCAGACGGACGCAAUCGUCCUCCCUCGAAUCGAACCCUACCUUCCGAAUGGCACGGAUCCCGACGCGGCUAAGUCCCUCGUGGCUCUUUACCGCUCCUACUGCACAUCCCUCGUCGAGUGUAUCCGCUACUGCAAGGAGAAAGCGUUUUUUCACCUUUUUACGUCAUUCCAGGGCACCCUUACCAUGCCCGUACAGAAGCUCUUCGCAAACCCGGCCAUUGCGCCGUGGAUAGAAGAAUGCGACUUCGUCCUCUACCAGCGCAUGAUGCGCAUUGUCUCAGGAUUGACUCUGCAGGUCGUGCCCAAGCCCGUUCUCGACACGCUGCGCAACAUCUCGGAGCGGCUCGUACCGCAUAUCCGGGAAUCCUUCCAAGGGCAGCCUCUCCAUGUGGUAAAGGCUAAGGAGGCGCCAGCUACCAUCUUUGCAGGGUUGCUGGACAGGGCAUUGCGAGUCAAUCUCACAGCUCAUGCAGCCGCAAAUAUGUUGUCAAACCCUGCGAACCGCGAUUUGAUGUAUAUGGAGUGGAUCACCAUGAUCAACGUUCGAAAGCUGGCCGAGAGCAUCCCGUCGCGCGGGAUGGAUGAUGUCGUCAAUCUCCUGCUCAACGAGAUGCGAGAUUUGCUCAACCCGGUCAACGUCCCAUGGGAGAUGGAGUGCUUGACGGUACAAGGCGAGAUCGCCAUGCGGAAUGGCAAGGCUCCACCUGAGGGAGAUAAUGAAGACGCGGAGUCGUCGAACGUGCUGGAUCGUUGGGUGAACCUGCUCCGUUCCCUUCCAAGCCGGUUCCCCUACGCGUCUGACACGGAUCUCGUCUGGUGUGUUCAGAGGCUGAGCACGGCGCUGAUGAGAGACCUUACGAUCGGGCAAGGGAAGAGCUUCGGGUCAUGGUGGGUAACAAAAUGCUGGAUCGACGAGAUGAUUCAGUUCAUGGCAGAGCAAGGGGGCUUCAUGCAACAGAAGUCUACCCAGAGCUUUAAUGCGGCCCCGAAGCGGCAAACGGCAAACCGGGAGACGAGCCACAAGGGGUCACGGUAUAGCAGUGCCAGUGAUGAUUUUGGCAUGCCGCGUGUGCCCGAGUCACAACCGGACCGGGCGUCGCUCCCCUCUGGGCCGGCAUCCAACACACAGCAGACAACGCAUGACGAUAGCGGGAUAGGCAUCAGGACGCCCGACGAGGAGCUACCAGGCGACAAAUUCAGCCUCACUCCGGCAACUACGCAGGACCUGUUUGCCGGGACAGAGUUGCAGGACGAGCUGGGCGAUAUAUAAAAAUUUUGUUUACCUUUACGGUGGAUGACGGUGUUUGUGGGAUCUAUCUUUCGAGGCUGUUUUACUAGGGAUGGUGUUGUGGCGUCAUGCAUCAACGGGGAAUUGCUUCUGCCCUGGUGUCA